AUGUCUCAAACCAUACAAAAUCUAUUUCCGGAGAUGAACAUUUCAGUCGCAUCUCUUCCAGCGACACUCCUACUCUCCGCCCUGCCACAUUGGUACAGUAUCUACCUAGCACAGUCCAAUCGAGUGCAGGGCGGUUGGUCAAACCAGAAUCCACGAGCCUUCGUCGCGCGAUUGAACGCCAAAGCCGGGAGUGGCAAGAAGCUGACUGACUUGGAGGAAACCAUUCUGCGAGGACAAAGUGCACAACAGAACGGGUUCGAGUGGUGGCCAGUAUGGGCAGCUGCGGUCGCUUUUGGGUAUCUCAGCAACGUGCCGCUAGCUGAUAUGAAUCAAUAUACACUAAUUCAUCUAUCUAUGCGCAUGGUGUACAACUAUCUCUACGUCACGACAAAGACUCGCCGUGCGAGCUACUUACGCACAAUUGUGUUUCAACCUACUCUCUACUUUAGGUUUAUCCUUUAG